UCUCACUCACCACAAUGGACACCCAACCAAGCUCGCCAAAUGGCGGGCCCGGCGACGUGCACGACGUGCAGCCACCCGCCGACGUGGACAAUGACGACAAGGGCGAUGCCCCUCCCAACGCGUCGCAGCAGUCGAUGGAUGUCGACAAGGACGACAAUGACGCGACCGCGGGCGACAAGGAGGGGGAGAAGGACGGCGAGAAGGAUGGAGAGAAGGAUGGCGAGAAGAGCGAGAAAAAGCCCAAGAAGAAGUCGGGCACGCGUACCAAGAUCAAGGCGGCCAAGGGCGAGGACAUGAUCGCAUACACGACGGCGUUCGUCCCCGGACUGUACAAUGUCAAGAACCCCGCAGGCGACUUUGUGCAGAAGGAGUCCAACGUGGACAUUAUUCGGCAUCAGAGCGUCGCCAAGGUCAAGAAGGAGAAGGAGGCGAUCGAGGAGGAGCGGCGGUUGGAGAAGGAGAAGCGCGAGCAGGAGAACGGCGGCCCGGUGGACGACCUCCCAGUGGAGAACCCAUUAAACAAGAUCCUGAUCAUCCACCCGGGAUCGCGGUACCUCCGCCUUGGCCGCGCGUCCGACUUCUACCCGCACGAGGUGCCGAACUGCAUCGCGCGGCCCGCGAACUCUGUCGGCGGGUCGUCGCCCCCGGUGCUGGGCAAGCGGCCGGCCGAGGACGAGUGGGACGCCAACAUUGGCCACCUGCGCGACUACCUCCGCAACCGGCUGCGCGCGAACAAGCUCGUGACGGACUGGAAGGAGGGGUCGCGCGUGAACGCUGCCAACGCGCGCGCCAAGCCCGAGAACAUCCCCGAACACAACGACCCCUACAGGAUAGACUGGACCGAGCUCGAGGGCCGCAAGUUUGUCGUUGGCACCGAGGCCCUCCGCCUGCCCCCGUCGGCGGGGUACACUGUGCGCUACCCCAUUCUGCGGCGGCGGUUCAACUCGCGCGACUGGAAGUCCCGGCAGCCGCUGCUGGACGACCUGACCACGAUUAUGGUGGAGAGUUUGCGGACCGAGCUGGAUAUCCUGCCCAAGGACUUCAAGAACUACUCGGUCGUGCUCAUCGUGCCGGACCACGGCGACAGGAUCUAUGUCGAGGAGCUGACGAACCUCAUUCUCAACGUCAUGGGUUUCAAGGAGAUCGCCGUGCACCAGGAGUCGUAUUGUGCCAUUUUUUCCGCCGGCAUGUCGUCGGCGUGUGUUGUGGACAUUGGAUCGCAGGAGACGUCGGUGACGUGUGUGGACGAGGGCAUGGUCAACCCCGACACGCGCAUCAACCUGUCGUUUGGCGGCGACGACGUGACAGCCGCGCUCAUGGCGCUGCUCGAGCGCUCGUCGUUCCCGUACAAGGACGUCGACCUCGCCCGGGCCCAGGACUGGAUCAUGCUGGACAACCUCAAGAUCCGCAUCUGUACACUCGAGGAGCACCUCGUCGCCAACACGCCAUGGGACUUUUAUGUCCUGUCCGAGGGCUUGACGAAGAAGUACAACUUGAGGACGUAUGAUGAGAACGUACUGGCCCCGCUGUGCUGGUUCGACACGAGAAUGAUCGACUUUGACACCAAGACGGAGGGCACGGCGUCGCUGUUCAACCCUUCUGGCGAGGUGACCGACCUGAUCAAGUCGACGUACGGCGAGCCGACGGCCGCGAUGAAGGCGUGCACGGCACACCUGUUCCCGAGCAAGGAGGGUGAGACGCAGGAGGCACGAGGCGACGGCGCGGAGGGAACGCCUGCGUCCCGCGUGUCCACACCUGCCGCCGAGUCGGACGCUGGCGUUUCGACGCCAGCGCCAUUGUCCAAGACGGCCAACGCGUCGCCGAAUGCCGCACCGUCGGCUACCCCGGUACCACCGCAGCUCCUCGGCACGAGCCUGCUCCCGCCGACGGCAACGACAUCGGCAAAUGCCACCCCUGCGCCUGAGGGCGGCGAAGGAACUGCAGUCGAGGAAGGCCCUUCGUACGACAUUCCGUACGAGGCAUCCAAGACGCCGCUGGACGGAGCCAUCGCCGCGUCGAUCGCCCAGUCGGCCUCCGAGAACAAGGUCAAGGCCGCUGCGUCGUCUGUGCUGCUUAUUGGUGGCGGCUCGGCGCUCAAGGGCCUGGCGCCGUUCAUUGCUGAGAGACUCCCUCCCCUUCUCCGCCAGCGUGGCUUCUCCAUCCCCGAGGUCCAGAUCGUACCGCCACCACGAAACUUGAAUCCCAAGUUCGUGAGCUGGAAGGGCGCGAGCGUCAUGUGCAACCUCGAGUCGCUGAGCGACAUGUGGAUCCGACCCGACGAGUUUGAAGCGAUUGGGGCGCGCGCUCUGCAGGACAGGUACAUGUUCUUGUGAGGGCGAGUGUGGCGGGUCUCAACUUGUGGCAUGCAU